GUAAACGGCCAAGGAUUGCUGAAGUUGAAGGUCCAAAUGUAAACUCAAGUUCGAAGCAGCGAAACUGGAAGCGACAGAGAGUGCGAAUCGAGGCUUCUUCAGAGGGUGGUGAAUGUUCGAAUACAGCCCAACUAAGAGAAGGUCAAAGCGAAGCGCAGGCUACUACUCCUAUUGUAGAUUUGCCGCCUUCAGCAUUAGGGAAGCAUAAUCAAAGAAAGAAGAAAAACAAAAACAAUUUCAAAGGUGUUAUUGAUCCUACUGUGGGCGGAAUCUAUAAAAUCGAUCAGGGCUUUCGUAAAAGUUCAUACGCAGGAGUCCUUCUUCCCAUCGGCGAUUUUGGCGCAAUAGGCAUCUCGAAGUCCCUUUAUGACACAAGCCUAAGGAGGUCUAUUCCGUCUUGUUAUAUAUAUAACAAGACAAUCAAGGAGAUAUUAGGUUGGGAGAAAGACUACGAUGACGGCGGGCCCAGAGUUAUGGAUCGGAAGUUUCCUGUCAUGUCUUUUGAUGGCAUUGCACGGGAUCAAAUACGGCUAGAUGGGGAAUUCCAUGCCAUCGACGCAAAAUAUGCCUGGGUUUCCGCAAGAUCUAUCAGAACUUUGGAGUUCGAUGCUACCGUGUCCCGGAUGAUACCGGGAUACGCUAGUGCAAAGAGAUUCAGCACUCGAUUGGACCAAAUAAAGGAAAAUAUGGCUAAAGAAACUCACCAAGUCCGCGAUCAUAAUGAGCCCCCUCCGGUUACAUCGGGGAGACUAUCUCCAGGAGAAUUACGACGACAAGAUACGGAGAGUAGUCAAACACAGGGGCAUUCACAGGUAUUGACACUUAGAUACUCUGAAGCCGAUCUAACUCCUCGUCAAAGCCAGACCAUUGAGGAGCACGAUAAUACUAUUCGUACUACCACCGAGCCUCGUCCAAAUUCCCGAUCCCAAAGAAUCGACCAUGAAUUUCAUACUUUCGAGGCAAUCUACCGUGAAACAUCAGAACCAGAAUUAGUAGGGUCCGAAACAUCGUCGGACGGCGUACAUAAUGACGACGACCGAGAUCGUCAAUUAAUAAGCGAUCUUUUUCCAGGCUCACCAAUCGCGCAGAUAGAAGAGACUUCCGACGACAAUAUUGCUAGCGAUGUACGACAUAGCGACCCAGUCAGGCCCUUAAGCCCACCUGCUAAGGCUCGGCCUAUCUCGGGGUUGCCGUAUGUUGCCCGUGCGAUCAGACGCCCCUGGUCGGAAGAUAGUGACCUUGAUCCGAGUAAUCAGAAUGGUUCGUCGUCGCUGGGGUUGGAUCCUACGUCCUCGAAAACUGCGCAAGCCCUUUACACUAACCUAGAACGAUACGUGAAUCCACAUGAAAACGAUACACCCGAUUACUCGGCGCCUAUUGCGCCAAUGUCACCUCAAGGACUUUUAAAAGAUCAUCAGACAACUGCUGAGUUACGAGGUAAUAGAACUGGCAAUGACGAACCCGCACCGCCGUCCAAUCUGAACAUUCAAAACACAGCUUCAACAGCACUUUCAUAUUUCAAUACUAUAUAUAGUAGGGAGCAGUAGUCCUAUACAUAUUUAUCCAGCAUGUACAUCGUCAAGAUCUCCUUGAACGAUAUUAGAUUUCAAUCAAAGUUCAAUAUUCGUAUCCGGACAUAGAAAUAUUAGUGAAACCAAUGCCUUUAUUCAGCCACUGCUGUAUGUGCUAGUAAGAUCAAAGGGA